AUGCAGGUACGGCUGUUAAUUUUCAGAACAUUUCUUCUAUUACAACUUACGUGUCUUGCCACCGGCUCCGGAAUGGAUCCAAGCACAACUAUCAUAAGUGUUGCCAUCAUUGGACUCGGCCGCCGUUCUCUCAGGCACGCCAUUCCGAAAAUCAGCAAAUUGUCUUCGAUGUUCAAAAUUGUGGCUGCUUGCGAUAGCGACGCCGUUGCAAGGCAAAGUUUCAGCGACCGUCUACCCACAGUGCCUUGUUUUGAGACGGUGCAAGAACUUGCGCUUUGGAAGCAGAGCACGUAUUCUGUGCAAUGUGCCUACAUUGCCAUCCCUCAUUCAGAGUAUGCUGGCGUCAUCGAGGUACUGAUUGGGAUGAAAGUACACAUCCUGAAAGAAAAACCUGCCGCUCUCUCCGAGGAGGAACUUUGCAGCUUCCAAGGGCAAGCGAACGUCGGAAAUGUACGACUUAUGACAGCAAGUCAGUGUCGCUAUAGUCAGAGGUUGUGCCGCCUGAGAGAAUGGUUACCAUUUGUAGGGGAGCCUCGUUUCGUCGAAGGCACCAGAGCGAUUGACUGCACAGAUCUUGGAGAAGGCUGGCGAGCACAGAACGCCAAAGCGGGCGGAGGUGCGCUAAAUGACAUUGGCUGGCACUUGGUGGACACUGUCAUUGGACUAUUCGCAAACCCAGACCAAGUUCCACGCAUUUCUCAUUCGGAGCUCAUCACCACUAGAUGCCAUCAACGAUACGAUACUGAAGAUACUGCUUUUGUCUAUCUCAAAGUACCAAAAGAUAUUUACGGAUGUUCAUCGAAAGGGAUCAGAAAGACAAAAAGGGGCGAGAGAUGCAGAUUAAACUAUCGACCCAUGAUUUCCUGCUGCAAUCCAUCAUUAUGA